AUGGCUCCACUUCACUUCACCAUUUUCAUCUUCUUCUCUUUCAUUUUCGCAACCUCAUCGUCAGGCUUGGCACCAUCGCGUCACCCAUUUGAUCCCUUAACCGAGACCGAGCUCAAACUUGUCCGAACCAUCAUCAACAAAUCGUACCCUAUUGGUCCGAGCCACAAGUUCACUUUCCAAUACGUGGGUCUCAACGAACCCGAAAAAUCCCUCGUCUUGUCGUGGCACUCAUCACGGAACCACACCGUCAAACCACCGCCACGUCAAGCGUUCGUUAUCGCUCGAGACAACGGAAAGUCCCGAGAGAUCGUCGUCGACUUUUCCUCUCGAGCCAUCGUCUCGGACAAGAUCCACGUAGGCAAUGGUUACCCUAUGCUCACAAACGACGAGCAAGAAGCAGCCAGUGACGUUGUUCUCAAGUUCAAGGCGUUUCUUGAUGCGGUCAAGAAACGUGGCUUAAACGUUUCUGAGAUAGUUUUCACGACGUCAACGAUUGGUUGGUACGGUGAGAGUGAGGCCGAGACGGAGAGGGUUAUAAGAAUGAUGCCGUUUUAUAUUGGCGGCACCGUUAAUAUGUAUCUUAGACCUAUUGAAGGAAUGACCAUACUCGUUAAUCUUGACGUAAUGAAGGUAUCGGAGUUUAACGAUAUGUUUACGGGUCCUAUGCCGAAGGCGAACGGAACCGAGUACCGUAUCUCGAAGCUUAAGCCGCCGUUUGGACCGACGCUUAGAAACGCCGUUGUUUUGCAGCCGGACGGUCCAGGGUUCAAAGUAGAUGGACACAUCGUGAGAUGGGCAAAUUGGGAGUUUCACAUUUCGUUUGACGUCCGAGCCGGUAUCGUAAUCUCUCUUGCGUCCAUUUUCGACAUGGAAGUGAAAAAAUACCGACAAGUUCUAUAUAAAGGUCAUCUGUCGGAGAUGUUCAUACCUUACAUGGAACCAAGUGAAGAUUGGUAUUUCAUUACUUACCUAGAUUGUGGCGAUUUCGGCUGCGGUCAAUGCGCCGUGUCCCUUGAGCCAUACACCGAUUGUCCAGCAGGUGCAGUUUUCAUGGACGGGGUUUUUGCCGGUCAAGAUGGAACUCCCGCAAAAAUCCCAAAUGUUAUGUGCAUCUUUGAGAAAUACGCUGGAGAUAUCAUGUGGCGACAUACGGAAGCUGAAAUCCCAAACUUGGAAAUUACGGAGGUUAGACCGGACGUAAGUCUUGUAGCCAGGAUUGUGACGACCGUUGGGAACUACGACUACAUAGUUGACUAUGAGUUCAAGCCUAGUGGUUCCAUCAAAAUGGGGGUUGGCUUGACCGGUGUUCUAGAAGUUAAACCGGUAGAAUAUGUCCACACAUCAGAGAUAAACGAAGAAGAAGAAAUCCACGGGACAAUUGUCGCCGACAACACCGUCGGAGUCAACCACGACCAUUUUGUAACAUUCCGUCUUGAUCUGGACAUCGACGGUACAAGUAAUUCCUUUGUCCGUAACGAACUCGUGACCAAGAGAACCGCAAAAUCUGUUAACACACCAAGAAAAAGCUAUUGGACGACGAGGCCAAAGACGGCCAAGACCGAGACUGAGGCUCGGGUGAAACUAGGAUUAAAGGCGGAGGAGCUGGUGGUCGUUAACCCUAACCGGAAAACGAAACAUGGCAAUGAAGUUGGAUACCGUUUACUUGCUGGGCCAGCUACAGGCCCAAUUCUGGCCCAUGACGAUUACCCACAGAUCCGAGCUGCAUUCACCAACUAUAACUUGUGGAUCACGCCGUAUAAUAGGUCGGAGGUUUGGGCCGGCGGUUUGUACGCCGACCGUAGCCAAGGCGACGAUACAUUAGCCGUGUGGUCUCAAAGGAAUAGAGAAAUAGAGAAUAAAGGUAUAGUAAUGUGGUACACCGUUGGAUUCCAUCACGUCCCAAGCCAAGAAGAUUUCCCGACGAUGCCUACUAUGUCUGGUGGCUUUGAACUCCGACCGACCAACUUUUUCGAGCAAAAUCCUGUUCUCAAGAGCAAACCCAUUAAGCUCACCACUGCUAAAAAGUGUAUUCCCAAAAAUGAGUAA